AUGCAGACAGAGAGAUACCUCAUGCAGACAGAGAUCGGAAGCAGGGUCUGCCAUUUGCUACUUACGCAUUUGGAGCUUGUCAAAGCUGCGCGACCAGCAAUGACAUCAUGCACGGCGGUGGAUGGUGCUGUUGAUCCAGAAAGUGGAUACCCUCGCAAGUUUGAGCGCAUCUGCAAAGGGGCGCUGCGGAGCCGCUACAUUCGGUAUCCUUGCGGGCCCCCGACAGCCUUUGUUUCUGACAUUGUCACAGUCAAUGAGGAGGUUGAUGUCAUUGCGCUGGAAGCGCAGUUCCCUGUCAUUCCAGAGAGUGACAGAGCAAGCACCAGCACCGAGCGCUUUCGACAAGCCCUGUGGAAUCAGCUGGACUCCUUAAGGGGCUUUGACGACAGCUUGAUCCGUGUAGACAAGUAUGGCAACGUGCUGUACCGUUUGGCAGAGCCGGGCUCUCCACUCUACGGCCAGAUUGACCACUGGUUCCCUGUUGCAAGGGGCGGCCUGUCGGUGCUCCCCAACCUGGCCAGCAUCUACUGGGAGGCCAACAAGCACAAGGGCGACCAGCUCGAGUUCCUGGUGCCCUGGUAUGAUCUCCAGUGCGGCGUCCACUUCACGCGCUUCAUCAGCACCUUCGCCUCCACCGACCUCGUACUCAGGCAGCGCAUGUUCGCUCUCUUCUUUGGUAGCGACGGCGAGGCGCACCACGUGGUCGCGGACUGGGCUGCUCCCAGCUUGAGCCGGACGGCCUACAUCGCGUCAGCAGUGGUCAGCAUGGACGCGCAAGCAAGCAGCAAGGGCCCGGGAGCAGUCAGACAGAUCAAGAAAGGAGAGCAGCGGCGGUCGACUAAGCCGUGGACGGCGGAGGAGACGGCCGCGCUGCAGGCGGCGGUGGCCAAGCACAGCGAGCCGGGCCAGCGGUCGCUGCCGCUGCACAAGUGCCGCGAGAUCCUGGCGGGCUACCGCAUCUUCCGGGACGCGCAGCGCGAACCAAAGGACCUCUACGACAAGUGGAGGAACCUGCAAAACCAGCAGUCCAAGGGCGGCACCCCCCGCCGGUCCAGCGCCAAUGCCUCCUCCCCCUGCCCCGCCGCCACCAGCCCCGCCCCAUUCCGGCGCAUCUCCUAUUCCAACGAGAACCGCGCCGAAACCCACUCCCAAGCGCGGAGACUCUCGUGGAGCCAGCCGCCGGAACACAGGCCGAUCGUCAAAGGGGCUGCCGCCACGUGUCACUCCCGGAAUGCGCCAUCUGGCUCCCCCAGCCUGCCCCGGCCACCUCUGGGCCAGCGGGACCUGAACAGCUGGAGGCUGGAGGCGGACUUUGCGCGCGCGUGCAAUCUGAGCGACGGCUCAUCGGACAGCGGAGACGAGUUGCAAACACUGAGUUGGAGGCGGGGCAGAGACACAGUGACCCGCACUCUUGGUGCGACAGUUCGGGCACCGUUUGAGGAACGGUCGACAGUUGCACGGCCCCAGGCGAUUGGCGCCCGUCGGGAAAGCCUCAGCGUCAACCAACUUUCGGAGAGGAACGCCGCGAUAACGGUUGUGGAUCAGAACGCCGGGCUGGCCGCACGAUUGCACGAGCUUGAGGGGCAGAAGGAAUGCUUACUGCGGGAAGGAGACGCGGCCGCGCAGCGGCGGGAGGACCUGCUGUGCGAGGUGGCCCUCGUCGAGCAGGAGGUGCGCGAGCACGCGCGCACGCUGGAGGCGAAGCGCGCGGAGAACGAGGCUCUGGCUGACAGCUUGAAGGCGGCGGAGAGGAAGCGGGACGAAUUGGUUGGGGAGUGGGGCCAGACAGCGCAAAGGCAGCGGGAGCUGGCUGGCAACAUUCGCGAGGCGCAAGCGGAGACUGCGAGGAAGGAGGAGGAGGAGGAGCGGCUGCGGGAGGAGAUUCAGAAAGUGCGGGAGGGGCUGGCGCUGCAGCUGACGCAAGCAGAAGAGGCGCUGGAGGAGGCGGAGCGCGGGCUGCGGGGGCUGCGGCAGGAGCGGGCGGAACUCAAGGUGGAACGCGAUACGCUGAGGAAGAAGAGCGCGGCGUGCGAGGAGGAGAAGCGAAUACUCGAGACAAGCAUCAAGAAGCUCAAAGAAGAGUGCGAGGACUUGGCCAUGCAACUGGACCUGGACAUGCCGGCGCUGCGCCAGUGGCAGAUCCGCGCAGCGGAGGCGGAGCAGCAGAGCAGUCUCGCGGAGCAGCGGGAGGCCGCCUUCCAGCACGACCUGCAAGUCUGCACGGAGCGAGUUGAGAAGCUGGAAGCCGAGCUUGAGUCCGCGCGGGAAGCAGCGGAAAAGGCGGAGCGGAGCGCGGAAACGGAACGGGAAGUGGUGGCGCGGCUGCAGGGGCGGCUGAAGGAGGUGCGCAGUGAGAGGAAGCGCGCGCGCGAGGAGUGCGAGGAGCUACAGCUGAAGAGGGGCGUGCUGGAGGACAGGCUGCGGGAGGAGGAACUAGACUGGCGGGAGGAGGAAGAGGGAAAAGAGAACGAGCGAGCGGCGGUGGAGAAAGUGGCAGAGGGGCUGGAGAAGAUGAGGCUGGCAAAAGGAGGCGGAGAGGUAGAGAGAUCUGCGCAAGAUGCUCUGGGAAACGCGGAAUGGCCGGAAGACGAGGGCGAAACAAGCGACGCCGAGACCGAUGUGCUGGAGGAGGCGGGAGAUAGGGAUACAGAAGCGGAAAGUCCUCCGCUGGGACUCAAAGAGGUUGACGGGACGGAGGAAGAUAAAGGCGCUGAAGUCGGCGACAAGUCCGAAGAGCGGGACAAUACAGAGAGCGGAUCGGGCGACGGGGCGGAGACCGGCGAAGGGCCCUUGGAAGAGGAUGGGGUGCGGGGCGUAGAGUCGGGAUGGAUGGAUACCGCUUGGGGGAGUGAAAAAGGUGGGGUAAACGCGAGGGUGGAGCUGGAUGCAGAAUCGGAGGACGAGGAAGAAGUGAUACCAGAAGUGAUGGGGGAUGUUUUCGCGGAGGACGGGCCUGAGCAGGACCCAAUGUCCGGUAAGCGCGAAGCAGGGGAGACUGACGGAACCAAGCUCAAUCCCCUGGAUUUGCCCAACGACCUCCAGGCCAGCGCCAGUGUGACGACACGCGCGCCCCCGUCGCCUGGCACUGCCGUGGGGCAGAUUGCGACAGGUCUGGGGAGGUCAGAGGGACAGCCCGUGGUGAGCUGCUCCUUCGAGAAGGCGACGGUGGACCUUACUUCAGAGUCUUCGGUUGGUGCUUACACGUCAGCCGAUGGGGGCAGUGAAGAGGCUACCGCGAGCGAGUUGGACAUGCACAGUGAGUCUUCUGUGCCCUCUUUGGCUUGUACGGGAUGCGUCAGUUCUGUAGGAGCGGUUGAAACGGCGCUGUCGGUCCCGGUGCUGGACGAGCGGUCAGCAGUGGAGUGCAGGGUGCGGGGCUGGCUGGAGGCACUGGAAACAGAGUCAGAGGGAUGGGACGGAGAGUUGAUAGGAAUUGCACCCUUAACAACGGAUCAAGACACACUGUCCCGCCAGAGUCAAGUGGAAGGGGCGCCAAGGAGUUGAUAGGACUUCUGCUCGAUCUUAAGCUGAUUGCCUGUACAUUGAUACGGGUCACAGGCCAGGAUGCAAAGGCUGUUAUUUGGAACUACACGCUGUUUGUGAAUCUCAACUUCCGGAGAAGUGAACGCGC